GGGAUGGGGACCGGUACAAGGGUCAGGGAUGGGGACGAGAAAAGGCCCGCCCCGCCCCGGCGCCUCCCCGGGAGCACCGCCGGCCUCUUUCGCUUUAAGCGUUGCUUUAAGUUUCGCUUUCGCUCCCGCUCGGCCGGACCCAGCACCACGAUGUCAGAGGAUCAGCGUGGUGAUCUCCCUGCCGGAGAGGAUGAAAAUGGCUGUGAUGUAGUUGAUGCAAGGCCAGACAGAAGCAGCAGGGUCUCACUUUUUGGAAAAAAAAAGAAGAAUGGAGAAGAAGAGCAGCCAAAGCCCUCUCUCAGUAAUCAAUACCGAAUUGUUACACCCACAUUCCAGUAUAAUAUGGAUUACAAGAAAGUUGGCAAAUGUAUUAUUAUAAACAACAAAAAUUUUGAAGACAAAACAGGAAUGGGCACACGCAAUGGCACUGACAAAGAUGCUGGAGACCUUGCUAAGAGCUUUAAAAACUUGGGCUUUGAGGUUGAUAUACACCAUGACCGAAGCCGUGAUGAUAUGGAAAAAUUACUGAAGAAAGCUGCUGAGGAGAACCACAGUGAUGCUGCCUGCUUUGCCUGCAUCCUCCUGAGCCAUGGGGAAGAAGGGCUCAUCUAUGGCACAGAUGGACCCAUGGCUAUCAAGAGUCUGACUGCCCUGUUCAGAGGAGACAAGUGCAAAAGCCUUAUAGGCAAACCCAAACUGUUUUUCAUUCAGGCCUGCAGAGGCUCUGAAUUUGAUGAAGGAAUACAAACUGACUCUGGACCUGCCAAUGACACCCUGGAGACAGAUGCCAACCCGAGAUACAAAAUCCCAGUAGAAGCAGAUUUUCUGUUUGCUUAUUCCACAGUGCCAGGUUAUUACUCCUGGAGGAAUCCUGGAAGAGGCUCCUGGUUUGUGCAGUCUCUGUGCUCUGUGCUGAACGAGCAUGGGAAGCAGCUUGAGAUCAUGCAGAUCCUCACCCGGGUCAACUACGUGGUGGCCACCAACUUCGAGUCGCAGUCGGACGAUCCGCGCUUCAGCGAGAAGAAGCAGAUCCCCUGCGUGGUCUCCAUGCUCACCAAGGAGCUCUACUUCUGACAGGGCACUUCAGUGCAGCCCCUGGUGGAAGGCCAGGCUGUGGUUUUGGGUGGACAUGUGGUCGUGGACAGGAGUAACACAUUUUUAAUAACAGACAUGUGGUAACACGAGGUUUUUUUGUAAGAUGGGGUAUCUGAUGGGUGGAGAAUAUGCAAUAUUUUAAAGAAGCUGUGGGCCAGCCUGACAGCUAUCACUGAUUAUUGUGUCUUGAUUUCUCUUAGUGUGGCUGUCGUGGUUUAUGGCUACUGAAGAUGUUUUUUCCCAGAAAGCAGAUUGUAAAUUAAGAAUAAAAACAAAAAAUCUCAUGACUCCUUCUCGUUUACUGCUAGCUCAUGGAACCAUAAUCUCCUUGGAAAUUUCCAAAGACCAUCAUAUUAUGGGUAUGUCCAGUAGUGAAACAGUUUGUAGGUAUUUAAAAGGGUGUUUCUUAGUCUAAUAUAUUAAUUUCCUUUUAAUGGACAUUAUUCAUGAAGGCUAAUGGUUGCUCUGUGCUCAAUCUAGAAGUCAGUUUACUUAGUCAU